AUGCCGAUCAUCCGGCUCGCUGGGUGCGCUCCUCAGCUCCCCGGCCCUGGAUCGGCCUCGCUGGGCCAGAACGUCGGCCCCGAGUGCUCCGCAGCAGCCUCGCUGAGCCAGAACGUCGGCUCGCGAGGUGGGGUGCUAGUCUGGGACCCAUACGUGGCAGUUCCCUUGCUCCAAGCGCUUGCGCUUCGGCGGUAG